GAGCGCGCCUCUGCCUUCUUUACCAGCCCAGGCUUUUCCCGUCCCUGCACAGUGCCCGUGCGCUUGCCCGCGUUUCAUCGCCCGGUCGCAGAGGGUCGCUGCCGCUGCGGAGUGGGCGUUCGGUUUUCGGGCCGUCAUGGCUGGCUACGAAUACGUGAGCCCGGAGCAGCUGGCCGGCUUUGACAAGUAACAGUACAGUGCUCUGGAUACCAACCCGCUCUCUCUGUAUGUCAUGCAUCCAUUUUGGAACGCUAUAGUGAAGGUAUUUCCUACUUGGCUGGCUCCCAACCUUAUAACCUUCUCUGGCUUUCUGCUGGUUGUAUUCAAUUUCCUACUUCUGACAUACUUCGAUCCUGACUUUUAUGCUUCAGCACCAGGUCACAAGCAUGUACCUGACUGGGUUUGGAUUGUCGUGGGCAUCCUCAACUUUGUAGCCUACACUCUAGAUGGAGUGGACGGAAAACAAGCACGCAGAACCAAUUCCAGCACCCCUUUAGGGGAGCUUUUUGACCAUGGCCUGGACAGUUGGUCAUGUGUUUACUUUGUUGUGACCGUGUACUCCAUCUUCGGACGCGGACCGACUGGCGUCAGUGUUUUUGUCCUUUACCUCCUGCUCUGGGUAGUUCUGUUUUCUUUCAUCCUGUCUCACUGGGAAAAGUAUAACACAGGCAUUCUUUUCCUGCCCUGGGGCUAUGACAUUAGCCAAGUGACUAUUUCUUUUGUCUACAUAGUGACUGCUGUGGUGGGAGUUGAGGCCUGGUAUGAACCUUUCCUGUUUAAUUUCUUAUAUAGAGACCUAUUCACUGCAAUGAUUAUUGGCUGUGCAUUAUGUGUGACACUUCCAAUGAGUUUAUUAAACUUUUUUAGAAGUUACAGAAGCAACACCCUGAAGCACAGCUCCGUUUAUGAAGCCAUGGUCCCUCUCUUCUCUCCGUGUUUGCUCUUCAUUUUGUCUACAGUGUGGAUCCUCCGCUCUCCUUCAGAUAUUUUAGAGAUCCACCCUAGAAUAUUCUACUUCAUGGUUGGAACAGCUUUUGCCAAUAUCACAUGUAAGCUAAUCGUUUGCCAAAUGAGCAGCACACGGUGCCCGACUUUGAACUGGUUGCUGCUUCCUCUCUUCCUGGUGGUGACCACAGUGAGCGUGGGGGCGGCAGCCUCCCACCUGGAGAGUCUUCUCCUUCACGGGCUCACGGCAGCCUUCACUCUGGCUCACAUCCACUACGGAGUUCAAGUGGUGAAGCAGCUGAGCAGCCAUUUUCAAAUUUACCCGUUUUCACUGAGGAAACCAAACUCAGACUGACUAGGAAUGGAAGAAAAGAACGUCGGCCUGUAAUCUUCAGGAAGUCCUGUAAAUAGACGCUUGUAAAUAUCUCCUCCAUCACCAUCGGACUAAACUGGUCUACUUGACCGAUGUGGGAUCGCAGUGUGUGGCAGGCAUGUGGAAAGCAGGAAUGAACGUGAUCUGAGCUGUGGAAUUUUGGAUUUUCUAACUUCCAACUUUAUUUUUUUAUAAAACCAUGAAACAUUUUGGUUAAGCACAGUGUACAUUAAACCAACUAAAUGUUCCUAGCUUCAUGAGUCCAUAAUGUUUUGACUCAUACAGAGUUCAGGAUGCUUCACUUUUAUGUCUGAGUCCAUAAUGUCUCAACUCAUACAGAGUUCAGGAUGCUUUACUUUUAUGUCUGAAGCCCCCAGAUUGAUUCAGGAACACUAAUAAUGUUCAGAUAGCCACAGCAUGUCUUAAUAUUUGAUGCUUUAUAGAAGGUCUUUAGCUGCGGAAAUGGUAUGCAGCCCAAAUCUAAUGUAGAGAAGCGUCAAAAAAAAGUCUCUUUGGCCAGAGAUACCAGUGACUGAACAACAGUGCUUAGUUGCCAAAUCAUGGUGGUUCUCCCAGGAAACUUCGAGAGGAUGUCUGGGGUCCUGGCCCUUACUGUGGCUAAAUGCCAAUAAAUGGUUUCAUUUUCUUUUAGAGAGAAGUGUUCUGUUGUUACUCAGUAGAGGAGGGACUGUAAGUACAGCUCACCGCUGUGGCACGGUUCAUUGUUUACCUGUGGUACUUCCUCCUGUCAGGAUUGGGUGGGUGCCUGUGAGCUCUGAUGCUAAAGGUUGUGGGUGACAGUCCCAUUCUCACGAGGCUGCAGACACAGUACCUUGUGAGAGAAAAGUUAAACUGGAGUUAGGAAUCUCAGAACUUCCUGGUGACCAGAUCCGACCCUGGCACUGCCUGUCCACCUGUCUUGGCUUGCUUUCAUUUUUCUCUCCUGGGGGUGAGGUGCUGUGGUUCUUAAUCUCACACCAGUACGGCAGAGAGACUCUCUCCCCCCUAACUCUCCCACCUCCCUAUUUGAAGAAAACUUUUGAUAUAUAUACCUUACUGAGUAUUUCCCCCCUUAAUACGACUCAGUAAUUUUUGAGGUUUACUGACAAUACAAAGACUCCUUCAGCAGUACUGUUAUCUCUUAAAUCUCACCUUUUUAUGACUGGAUGUUUUCUUUCUUUGGGCUUUGUCUUGAUUUAGUUUGGUGGUGAAAUUUCUUGCUGAUUUUAGUUUCCACUGAAUGAGGUUUGUGCUUAAAUGAAGAGUGUGUCUUAAACCCCUUUUUUUUUUGGGUAGGUUGCACUUGGAUAAGAUAGGCACCACUGUGUUGAUAUGUAAUUAAAUUUGUAACUGUUAUCACCUAUGAACGUGACCAUCUUUAAAUAUUGUAGCUCAUUUCUUUGUUGAGUUUCUGUCUGCUGCUUUGUAAAAAGUGAUUGGUUGAUACUCCGCCUGAACGGUUUUAAAUCCUAAUCAUGGUUGUGUAGGCUGUUGAAAGUGAUCCAGGAGCUAGCCCACAGUUCUGUACUCAGUGUUGAUUGUUUGUAAGGCUUAGGUGUGUUUGGGGACUUUCUCUGAGACACAAAUAUGAAAGCAGAAACUGAUGGAAAGUGGGUAGUGGUUCUGUGUUCGUUAAUAAAUUGCCAUCAUGGAGGUCAGAACACAAGCCAGUUACAUGAAGAUCACUGUCCUUGUGUACUCAAGCUCUGUAGAACUGAAUUGGGCAACUCAGAGUCGGGAAAGAGCUUUGUGAUAAGGUUUUUGGCUGAUGAUUUCACUCUUUUCUUAGCCUUGUACACAAGAAUAAUCAUUUGUACAAAAGAAAAUAACAUAACUAUUUAUAAAAUAAUGAAUUUGGACCACAGGCUUUCUUCACCUUAUGCAGUAUACUGAAGAUCAUGUCCUAUAAUUUGAGCCCCUCCCCCCCUUUUUUUUUCUUUCAAAUGUAUCUAUCCUCUUUUUAUUACAUCAAGUGGAUUUGAAAAUAUGUUUUGUGCCUUUUGUUUUGUGUUUAACGUGUCUCGGUGAUGGUAAAGAAUUCUAGUUUAGGUAAUUUUGUUGACACUCUUGAGUGGAAGAGAAGGCUACUAACAGGAUGGCGGAACCGGGCAGUCAGUGUUUCAGAAUCCUGUGGACUUGGGACUCCUUCCUAGCCUGCUCACGUCCUCUGUCCUGAUGGUGCAUCUUAAAAGACCCGUUUGUUGUAGCGGUACAGGAGGGGAUGAGGGACUUGGUUCUCACGCUUCUGUGCGUCUCUGUCACGCCCCUUCCUCUACACUUCCCAGAUGUAAGAGGUACGGAAAGCUUAUGUACACUAUUUGGGUGAGUUGACCCCACAGCUUUUCCCAGUGUCUUGGGGAGAGGCCUUGCGGUCAGGAGCACGCCUUCAUGCUCUCUGUGCAUGGGAAUAGAGUGCCUUAGCCAGUCUAGGGGUUUGCAUUGUUACUCUGCUGGACGCAUACCAGACAUCUUCAGAGCCUUCUCUUCGGGUCAUGGUAUGAAAAGGCCCUUUCAGGCUUGCCAGAAAAUAAUCUCCCUGUAUCGGAGAGGGUGUGGGACAGAAAGAUGUUAACAAUACUUGGAUAGCGGCUGCCACCUCUGAUCUUUCCAUAAUAUUUAUGACCUUGAAAUUGCCACGAUCACUGUCUUGAGAAAUAGUAACAGUUGAUAGGUUUUAGAGCCGUAGAGUAACUUGGAAGUAAAAAUAUAACCAUUCUUCCUGGGCAUUUCAAAAUUCCGAAUGACAUACUUUUAAUUCCAAUUUUCAAAAGAAAACGUUGAACAUGAUUUAGGAUGUUACAAACUGCUUCUAAUACUGCCGUUUGUUCUCUGCUCAGGCACUGGGGAGGGAGGUUUAUGUCUGGGGUUAGCAUAUGCUAAGUACAUGCCAAGAAUGUUGCUUGUGACUUGGAACCUGAACAUUAAAGGAAUAUGUUGUAGUCAGAAGGUGUGUGGGUGGCACCUUGCUUCCCAAAGCAGACUUGAACUCCAUGACCUAAUGAAGAAUAAAAAGAUAAUUUUUUUAAAUUGGAGGUAUUUAAGUCCAGUACUGCUCCCCCCACCUUUGGAGGUGGGGUUCCAGAAAGGAUACCCUAGCUGUCCUAGAACUCACUCUGUAGACCAGGCUGGCCCCAAACUCAAAGAUCUGCCUGUCUCUGCCUCCCGAGUGCUGGGAUUAAAGGCAUGUGCCUCCACCACCCAACUACUUUUUUCCCUUUUAAUUAGAACUUGAAACCUACUUGUAGCCACCACACAGGACAGAAACAGCUCAUUGAGGGCAGGCUUGGUUGCCUCCAGACCUUGCCACAUUCAGAUGGCGAAUGCAUUUUAUCUCUUGGCUGGUGAAGGACCGGGAACUCCCCCAGAGAAGGAAGUAAAACCUGUGGGUUGCAGCUUUGAGUUUUGAGUUUCCCAAAGCCAGAAGCAGAGAAGUACUCUUUGUGGUGAUGUCUAUGUUCAGAGCCUUAUCUUGACUCACUUCUGGUCAAGCCCUUUGUCUAUUAGAAAUCUGUGACGUCAGACCAGAAUUUUUUUUUUGUCCCGUGAAAUGUCAUUUGAAGGCAGCAUGCCCUGUCUUGAGCAUCCCGUGGGUGAGUAAUCUUAGUAUAGUUAGCUGCCCCUGCUCCAGCCUUUCAGAAAGAACGGGAACUAGUGUGCCGCAUUGAAAGGGACAUUCCUAACAGGAAAAUGGUGUUGAAGUAAUCACUGUGAAACUUGAAUGUGUGAGGCUCUAGGAAUUUUUAAAAGCUAGCAUAAAUUUCUGCUUUUCUUGUAUCAGUUAUGUAAUCCAUGUGAUUUGUAUAUUUUGGGUUUUUUGUUUUAUAAUCCUCUUCAACAGUGGUACAAGUGACUGACAUCAGAACAGACCAGUGGCUUCAGGGUACGUGGUAAAUCAUGGUGAUCUAACUUUCCCAGAGAAAGUGGUGAUGUGUGUGUGUGUGUUUUUUUUUCCUUGCAUGGACCCUCGGGAAUUGGCUUUGCUGGCUGAUUCAUUUCCAGGGUUUUUACAGUACAAACUAAAUGUAACUUACUCUCCAGCCUGCAUGUUAGUGGUGUACUUUGCUCUUUAAUAAACAGACACUCAAGAGAUAGUACAGCAGCUGGCUAUUGUCUCUGUCUUUUAAGCAGGGAUCUGUUCUUUUUAUAGACAUUGAACAAGCUCACAUCUAGGGUAGCAGGAGGAGUUUGCCAUUUGGAGAUCUCCCACAGGCAGCCUGAACAAGGUUUUGUUCAUUUAGUGAGGAAGGCUGGGUUCCCAGGAUUGGGAAGUACCACACGGACUGAUUUUAGAGUAUUUGACAAGGGCUGUCUCUCUAGGAAAAUACCUUUGGGCAGAACAAGAAAGGCUGUUCUGGGCUGUUCGGCUGUUCCUCUUGUCUCCCUUUCAGAGAAUCAUUCUUAGAAAGCUGGACUUAGUCUGGCUAUGUUUAUGGCAGUUGGAUCAUGGCCAUUGAAAGUCUAAAAUAGAAAGAGAGGCCAGUGCCCACUUCAGCUCUAAAACGGAAAUCAAAGCUCGCAUUGACUAUCCAGGGAGGGACUAAAACUGUGGGUGUUCUCUAUCACAGUGGCUACAACAGCUUAGAAGCAGUUUCUUUGGUUAACAAUCAGAAUAAGCGUGGAUUUGGAUUUUUCAUAAACAAAACUAAUUAUUGAUGCAGUCUUGAUUGUGGUAUUCCUGCUAAGCACUUUUUUAAUAUCUAGAGAGAAAAACUCAUGACCUGGAACUUGUUUAUUUUGUACUUGAGGUAACUAAGCAGGUUCUGGAAGUGGCCUGUUUUAACUUGGCUGCAUCACUGAUCUAUUGCCAAUUACUGUUAUUAAUCAACAGACUAAUGAUUAGCUCAUUUCAAAAUGUCCCAAGAAAGCAGAAGUCAGUAUUGAACUCCGAAUUCUAGUUUAAAAAAAAAAAAAAAAAACGUUGUUUGCCCCCUUUGGGGGCAGAGUGGAAGACCACAAUGACCAGUGUGUAAAGGAGGCCACCUGCUCUUCCCUUUCCCACCAGGCAGGGGGUUAAAUGAUGGCCGGUAAAAAAAAGAACGGCUGCUGUUUUGAGUAAGGUUUCAUGUCCUGUGCUGAGAAUGUGCGGGAGGGAUUGUGGCCGGGAGUUUAGUUUGGUGCCAUUACCAGUGGAUUUUCUGUAGUCUUCUGAAGCAAGAGGACAAUUCCAUCCCUUCCCCUCCGCCCCAAUAAACCACCACGGGAGCACGCAGGACGUGUUCGCUGCAAAGAAUGAAAAUUCUAUCAGAGAUAAAGAUCAAAAGGACAUCAUAGCUUCCCACUUUCAAGUACUUUUCAUUGUAGCUGGCCUGUAUAGGACUUGCUGUGCUAAUGGUAAACAUAUAGCAUUUCUUUAGUCUGCUUCCAUGUGCUCUGUAUACACACGUUUACUAUGUACACCUGUCCUCUGUCUGUACAUAUGAUAUGGUAUCAACAUGGUGUUUACUCUUGAUUAUCGGCCAGGUGGUAAGCUCACUAGACUGUUGCUGUGUGUGGACUUGGUGUGCCCAUUGGUCCACAUGGAAAGCCUCUUACCUACCCGGAGCCAUCUCAGGCCUUGAGAAAGCCCUCUAGGUGUAUCACUUUCCACUUCCCUUUCAUCGGGGAACUGGUGAACCAGAAAGACUGGUCUGGAGAGUGCUGGCCGCUGUGUUGAGUGAGGGUGAAGGUUUCUGGGUCUUCUGGGCCCCUUUUUGAGCAGGCGGCAGCUUUGGGAGCAGUGUGCCUGUGAACUCCUUCAGGGAAAUCCUUGCCCUUGCCAAAGCAGAGCUCUGCAGCUUGCUUAACAUGACUGGAAUGUUCCAAGUCUUGUGAUGUGAUGUAUAGUAGACUACCCCGAAUGUGUCUGAAUGUGAUGUUUGCAUUAUCUGUGUUACUGUUCCCUGCUGCUAGUCCAGAUAAUCAAGACCUGUUUCUUGUCACCUGAUUCUAGAAGCCUUGACCUCUCAACUGGAUUUAUGUUCAUGUCUGCUGCUGUGAACUCCAAAAGUAAAGCAGUAGGUUUUAGUUUUAAACUGUUUAAUUCUUUUAUUGAUAAAUAUUUAUUGUAAUAAAAAUAAUUUUUAAAUCCUUUUAA